CUAAAAGGUCUCUUGUAAGAACGCAAUCGAUAAGUCGUAGUAAUAUUGUGCCCAAUAAGCCUUUAAAACGUGGAACUAGUACCCUAAGAAAAAGAGCACCACCACGGAAUAUGGAAUUUGCAUCUACUUCGAACCCUGUGCAUUCCAAUGACCCUACCGACAUGGAAUCCGACAUCCUGCCGAGGCGAACGAUUGGUCUCCCUUGGUUACCUGGUUCUCCAAAGCCACCGAAAUUAAUUCAUGCCUCUCUGGUACCCCUUCCCAAUCGUGCUCAACGUGCUGCUUCUACGAACCCUAAUCGUACUUCGAGAAUUAUCCCCACCAAUCCUGAUCGAACUUCAAAAAGAUUAUCAUCCAUAAAUCCCAACCGAACUUCAAGAAUACUGUCAACCAUGAAUCCCAGGCGAAACUUAAAGAACCUGGCAUCCGGCCUUCCAAAUAAUAAUAGUCUUGCUCGUGCUAAUUCUCUGCGAAGGCGGGCUUCCGUAAAAAAACGUGCGUCCCUUGACUUUAGGCGACAAUUGUUGGAGGAGAGCUUAAUGGUUUCAUUUGGUGGUAUACACAAUACACAGCCUCAAGCUCAUCCGAAACCACCAAUAAGAAGGAAAACGAGAAAGGGCAAAAAAGAGCAAUCAGAGGUCACAGGGCAAGAUCAAGGAGAGAUGGUAGGCACGGAAAAUGUUGUAAAGAGAUUGGAGAUGACAAGAAUAAUAAGUACCCGAGAGCUGGCGAAAAAGGUAGAAGAGGAGAAUC